AGCACGCUACGGAAGGCAGAAGCGCGGCGGCGCAAGAUGGCGGCGGUGAGCUCAGGGUGCGCGCUGCUGGUGCUGCUCCUGUUGGCGGGCGGCGCGGCCGCGCUGGGCAGGCCCAGCCCGGUACGGGUGCUGUCGGACGGCACGUGGAGGGAGCUGCUGCACGGAGAGUGGAUGGUGGAAUUCUACGCGCCCUGGUGCCCGGCCUGCCAGAGCCUGCAGCCCGAGUGGGAGAAGUUCGCCGAGUGGGGGGAGGACCUGGAUGUGAACAUCGCCAAGGUGGACGUUACGGAACAGCCAGGAUUAAGUGGGCGAUUUAUCAUAACAGCUCUUCCUACCAUCUAUCACUGUAAAGAUGGGGAGUUUCGGAAAUACCAGGGCGCGAGGACUAAAACUGAUUUCAUAAAUUUCAUCAGUGACCAGGAAUGGAAAUCCAUCGAACCGGUUUCGUCGUGGUUUGGUCCUUCCUCUUUCCUGAUGAGCAGCAUGUCGGCUUUGUUUCAGUUGUCAAUGUGGAUCAGGCACUGCCAUGGUUACUUAACAGAAAGCGUUGGAAUACCAGUUUGGGGCUCAUACGCUAUUUUUGUGUUGGCAACUCUGUUCUCAGGACUGAUACUGGGACUUCUGAUGGUGUUCUUAGCAGACUGUCUCUGCCCUUCCAAAAAACACAGACCACCGCAGUACCCUUAUUCAAAAAAGCUAGCUCCGGAGUCAGCUCACCUGUUGAAAAAGCUGGAUGAAGAACAAGAAGCGGACGAGGAAGAUAUCUCAGACGAUGAGGCGGAGGAUAAAGAGGAGUCUAAAAGAAACUCGUCACCAAAUGCUGUGCGACAGCGCCCAGUGAACCCUGCUGUGACAGCGGAUAAAUCUUAGCAUUAUUUGCAUGCAGGAUUAGUGUUCGUGAGUCACCAAAUCAAAAGGAGUUAAAUGUCAAAUCCUUCAGCUCGAAGAGAGGAGUGACUCCCAUCGUGGUAGUUCUGAUGCAUUUCACUAAUUCAGAAUUAAAGCGUCUCCGGUAUCGGGUAUUCAGAACUAAAACUUGCUGCUGCACACGGCUGGAGCUUCUGUCUGUGUGCAGAGGAGCACCAAGAAAUGACGUGGCUUCUCAAAUGACUCGUUCUCUAGGGAUUUUUUUAGGUAGAAUGUAAACCAUUGUGUUAGGGAUCACUAGCAAGAAAAAUGCACUAACCUGUUUGCUGUUAAAGCAUUCAAAAGGGUUUCUCAGCACAGCUCCAGUUGUGCUCUGAAGAAAUGCUGAGGGGAAAAGUUCCUUCAGUUAUGGGAUGUUUUCCGGGCUUUCUGUGCGACCAGCUUGUGCUUUCUGCUGCGACAAUGAGUGUUACAAAAACCCCCAGACUUCUAAAGAAACGAAGGUUACUGCCUUCAUCUAGAGGAGCAGAAGUUUCCCUCCGAGCAAAAGGUAGAGCUUGUCCCUGCAGUCCUUACAGGUGGAAGCCACAAGCAGCACUGUGCGUUACCCAGGGAAGUUUCUGGUAAAACAAUUACUUACAGCCUUUUCUAAAGGAAAUUGCUGCAAGAAAGUGCAUGAACCUCUUGUUGAAGUGCUCUACUCCAGGAAAGUGUUACAAGUAGCACUAUGAAGCCUUGUCCGUCCCAGUGAUAGGGACAGCUUCCACGGAGGGUUCUGUGCUGUAGGACUCUGCUUGUUUUUAACACAUCAUUAAGAAUGGCUGCUUAACCAAAUCGUACUGCAAAUCCAAUCAGGCCGUACCUGGUCUGAAGCUGAACUGGCUGCUUAAUUUUUUUCUUCAGAAAUGCAUCUUCUCUGUUCUCCCAAACCAUCAUGAAACAACGCACCCUAGUUCUUUUAAAACAAAAACCAAAAAAAACUGUGAUCUGCUGUUUCCUGUCUGAUGUUUUUCACCCUGUAGGGAAAUGAGUGCACGUGAGCAUUGGACUAGUGUUAUCUUGCAUCACUUGAAAAAGAUUUUCCAUGUUCUUUCAGUUAAUUUCCAAAGUAUUUGCAAGGGAAGGGUUAGUCUAACGCUGAGCAAGCUUGGGUUUCUGACAGGCUUGUUCUUGUUGCUGCGUUUUUGUUGGUGUGUUUUUUAUUUUUAAUUAUUUGUCUGAGUGGGCUCGCAGGACUGGCAGUUGAUAAGUAAGUGCCAGUAACAAACUUGGUUGUGAUUAAGACCACAAACAGAAAUUCUCUUGAAAAUGUUUUCACUUGGCAGCAUGGCUGUUUAAAGCCAGGCUCUCUUUGUGAUUGUUGAGAAGACAGACCAUGGAACAAAGAGCUAGUAAUGAAUUUUGUGGGAUAGGAAAGAAACAUUGGGGGGGGGGAAGAUUCAAAGCUCUUGCGGGUGAAUGAGUUUACCUAAUGCUGUUAAAAAAUACUUCUGUUUUUUGUCAGUUUUAAACACUUUUGUCGGUUGCAUUUUAAGUAGAUCUGACAGGUUAUAACUCGGCGUGCGUGUUGUGAAUGGAAAAAAGUGAUUCAGCAAUCCAAAUAGCUGAGUGAAUCUUCCAACAGGUUCUUAGAUGAGUAAGAAUGAGUUCUUACAUAAGAGCCUGGAGCUUCCUCCUUUGACUUUCUUUCCCCUCUUUUUCUGACCAUCGGUGCUCUGGAAUGACUUCACUCAAGUGCUGGGUUACGUGUUGACAAGAUGUAACUGCACUGCGUGAAGGGACCAUUUGGGGUAAAAUCCAAGUGUUCCUGCCGUUAAGUAUCAAAACCCUUCCUGGUGUCGGGACAAAGACCUGCAUGUGCCAUAAAUGCCAUUAAGGUGUUGGGCUUGUGGGAUUGCCUUAAAUUCUCUAAAUGCUUAGUGUUAGCCUUUGUAACUCGGAAAAUUAAGCAAUAAAUCUACGAUGUACUGAGGAGAAGUAGUAGCACUUUGAUAAAUGGUGUAUUUAAUUAGUUAGGAGAGGGCUCGAGAAGAUGGGACACAAAUGCUGUAUGAUCGUGGUGAAAAAAAUGGAUGUAUUGUUUUAAAAGUUGAACUCUGUGGGCUAACUUCAGUGAAUAUAUUUAAAUGUAGCUGUUAAAAAUGCAGCGUUUUUUUAGGGUUUUCUAUUUUUUCAGUUACUUUAUAACUGGCUGUGCAAUACAGAAAGUAUAUACUGGUAACUUCUGCCUAAUGCUUAAGUUCAAAAGAACAAAUACAACCUUUUUUUCUUGCUCUCAUCUUAGACUCCUAGUUCAACAAGAACUUCUAGCGCUACCUUCCCUUGCCUUUGCCUUCUGCACUCCUACCUUUUUGUACUGCCUCCCUGCCUCAGGCAACCGAUUGAAUUCCAAAACUGCCUCUUACUCAGAAGUGUUCUGAGCUGCUGGAAUCCAGCCCCUGCUGCAGACCUGCGCUUGUGAUCCUUGUAACUUAGGCAAGUGCUGUUGGAUUAUCCACAGGCAGCCUGUUUGCUGAUCUCUGUAAAUCUUGCUGUUCAUAUUUUUAAUGAUGUUAUGACUUUGUCCUGUGAAUAUUGUCUUUGUCCAUCUGUAUUCUGAAGAUGUUUACUGAAGAAGAGCAAAGGUUGCCGUGUAAUAAAUGCGCAUAAGAGCCUGUCCUUUGUGUGUGUUGAUGAUGCUUGAAUAUCAGUUUUAUACAAGUCAGACCGUGUCCGCAUCUCCGCCUUGACCAAGCACAUCCAGUGUAAUUCAGGAAGGAAUGAAUUAACUGUAAUGGUAUUUUUUUAAUGUUUCGGAGAUUCUUCAAGUAAAAAAUAACCAUGAGCUCUGGA